UCUGUGGGCGUGUCAUGGGGGCGUGUCCCGUUGUGGGCGUGUCCGGGGGCGUGUCCCGCGGCCGGCGGUGCCGGGGGUCCAUGGCGUGGUCCCGGUACCAGCUGGGCCUGGCCGCGCUCAUGCUGCUCACCGGCUCCAUCAACACCCUGGCGGCCAAGUGGGCAGACAACUUCAGCGCUCCCGGCUGCGAUGGGACGGCGGAGCACAAAUUCCAGCACCCCUUCCUGCAGGCCGCCGGGAUGUUCCUGGGGGAGCUUUCCUGCCUCCCGGUGUUCCACCUGCUGCUCCUGCGGGAUCGGCGCCGCGCGGCUCCCACCCCGGCCCCGUCCCCAUCCCGACCCUUCCACCCGCUGCUGUUCCUGCCCCCGGCCCUGUGCGACAUGGCGGGCACCAGCAUCAUGUACGUGGCGUUGAACAUGACCAGCGCCUCCAGCUUCCAGAUGCUGCGGGGCUCCCUCAUCAUCUUCACCGGGCUCCUGUCCGUGGCGUUCCUGGGCCGGCGGCUGGAGUGGAGCCACUGGUCGGGAAUUCUGCUCACCAUCCUGGGGCUGGCGCUGGUGGGGCUGGCGGAUCUGCGCGGCAGCGGCGGCACCGAGCACGGGCUGGCCGACGUCAUCACGGGUGACCUCCUGAUCCUGCUGGCCCAAGGCAUCGUGUCCAUCCAGAUGGUGCUGGAGGAGAAAUUCAUCUUCAGCCACGACGUCCACCCGCUGCGCGCCGUGGGCACCGAAGGUCUCUUCGGCUUCUCCAUCCUGGCGCUGCUGCUGGCGCCGCUGUCCUUCAUCCCGGCGGGCCGGCUCUCCGGGAACCCGCGCGGCGCGCUGGAGGAUCCCGCGGACGCCUGGUGCCAGAUCCGCCGGGAUCCCCGGAUCCUGGCGCCGCUGCUGGCCAACGUGGGCAGCAUCUCCUUCUUCAACUUCGCGGGGCUCAGCGUGACGCGGGAGCUGAGCGCGACCACGCGCACGGUGCUGGACAGCCUGCGCACGCUGCUGGUCUGGGCGCUCAGCCUGGCGCUCAGCUGGGAGCGCUUCCAUGCCCUCCAAAUCCCGGGGUUCGCCCUGCUCCUGGCCGGAGCCGCGCUCUACAACGGCCUGCACCGCGCCCUGCACGGCGCCGGGAAUAACGGGGACACCGGGAAUAAUAACGGGGACAGCGGGAAUAGCGGGGACAGCGGCCAGGAGAGGGAAGCGCUGCUGGGAGGGGAUGGGGACGGUGACAACAGCCAGGGAUGAGCGGGUGUUCCUUGGGAUCGGCGUGGCGGGGAGUGGGAUUGGGAAUUGUCCCUGCAGGGAAUGCCAGCCAGGGGUGGAGAGGCUGUGCCGGCUCUUCCCGGUGGGAUACAGACACACAGCCGGCUGUGCCGGAGCCUCUGCCCCAUUCCCAGAGGAUUGGGAUUGGGAUUGGGGCCACAGCCAGCUCUCCUGAGCCUCUGCCCGAUUCCCUUGGGAUUGGGAUUGGGAUUGGGAUUGGGGCCGCAGCCAGCUCUCCUGAGCCUCUGCCUGAUUCCCUUGGGAUUGGGGCCACAGGCGGCUGUGCCAGAGCCUCUGCCCCAUUCCCAGGGGAUUGGGAUGGGAUUGGGAUUGGGAUUGGGAUUGGGAUUGGGAUUGGGAUUGGGGCCGCAGCUGGCUGUGCCAGAGCCUCUGCCCCAUUCCCAGGGGAUUGGGAUGGGAUUGAGACUGGAUUGGGAGUGGCAUGAGUUUGGGCCUGGAUUGGGAUGGCAUUGGGAUUAGGAUUGGGUUUGGGAUUGGGAUGGGUUUGAGCCUGGAUCAACUCCCUUCCCAACCCAUGUUCCCAAUAAAGCCUCUCUGCCCAUUCCA